CGCAAGUACAAAUGCCUCAUUUUGGCCUCAAAACUAUUUCCUAGGCCUGGGAAAACGUAUUAAUAUAUUCCUUUUCUCCAUCGACUUUGCGAUGAUUUUCUUGUCUUCUGGGUGCUUGUUUUUUUAUUUAUUAAUCUAGCAAAAGUAGUGUAUUGCAAUAACUCUUAUCCUCGCUGGUAUUUUGAAUCAACUGCAAAUUCAUCGCCAUCAUGACUCAAUCUUCCAGUCCAUACAACCAAACAAAUGAAACAAUUAGAAUAUUCAAGGCUUUAGUUGAGGAUCCUUUGUUAGAUAUUCCUCGAGAAAUUAAAGACAACGUUGAUAAAAUCCAAUUUACUAAUGAUCAGACCAGCGAAAUUAUUCUUCCCUGUCGAUUGAAGGAAUGUGAAACAGCAGCUGCUUUGAAGGGUCUUGAAGCACUUGCUGCCAUUGCAAUUUCAAAUCUACGUUUUAAUAAUGAUUCGUCAGAUUCAGGCAGCAUUGAUUUGCAACAUGCGUUGAUGUUUUUAUUUCUGACUUAUUUAUCAUCUGUCGAUGGUCUAGGCAAAUUAGACAAGGACGUUAUUAAAUAUUUGAAACCAACAGAUUUAAAUCAAGCACAAUCGAUAACAUACAGAAGAAUGUCUGCUAAUUUAUAUGAAACAAAAGAUAAAGGAAGAUAUUACCAUAUACAUGGCUCUCUUGAGGCAUCAACCCAAUUAAAAUUAAUUGGAUUACCACCCUAUAAUCCAAAAUUAACAGAUUAUAAUGAAAUUGUCAAUGUUCUCCAAGGUGCUGUGCAUAAUUUUUCAGUAGAUGAGCUAGAAGAACAAACCUUGAAAUAUAGACAAGCUGGUGUUGAAGCUAUGAAAUCUGAAGAUUUUCUUCAAACUCCUCAUGGAAAAACCAUUUCAUCAAAACCUUUUUGGGAAAUAGAAGCUCUAGAAACCGAUACGCCACCUGUUGAAUUUGCUUCAUUAUCUGGAGAUUCUGCACAAAAACCUCAAAUUUUGAAAGGACUAAAAGUUUUGGAGUUAUGUCGUAUCAUAGCAGGUCCAACCAUUGGCCGUAUCUUAGCUGAGUAUGGAGCUGAAGUGAUAAAAGUCACCUCACCUACUUUACCAGAUGUCCCCUUUUUCCAAAUUGAUUGUAAUUUUGGUAAACAUACCUGUGAAUUGAAUUUAAAAAACAAAGAAGAUAGAGUUAAGUUCGAAGAAUUAUUAAAAGAUGCUGAUAUUGUUCUUGACGGGUAUAGAACAAAUGCAAUUGAAAAAUUGGGAUAUGGACCAUCCAAAAUGACAGAAUUUGCUAGACAGAGAAACAAGGGAUACAUAUAUGGAUCAGAAAACUGUUUUGGGUUUUCAGGUGAAUGGUCAGAUAGAGCUGGAUGGCAACAAAUCGCAGAUUGUGCAAGUGGUAUUGCUUGGAUCCAGGGCCAAUCUUUGGGUUUGAAUGAGCCAAUGGUUCCACCAUUUCCAAUGAGUGAUUAUGGGACUGGUUGUAUGGUAGCUAUUGCAAUUUUGCUUGCAGUUUAUAAGAGAGCAAAGUUUGGAGGAUCUUAUUGGUGCAAAUCAUCCUUGAUUCAAUACGACUUAUUAUUAAUGAAACAGGGACUUUAUCCAGAUGAUAUCUGGAAAAAUGUGUUGAGCAAAUCUAGUAAAGAUGUUUUGAAAUUGAGGUACUAUGAUUCAGUAGACAAAAUAUCUUCCACAUGUUUGCGAUCUAUGAAAAGAUUCAAACCUGACUUAUUUAAUGGAGAGGGAGAUCAAUCAGAAUAUUUCACCAAAUCAUACAGUGAGGGUUUCAAAGGCACUGUCAAAGUUUUAAAACCAGUAGUUCAAAUGAAAAAUACAAGAAAUGGAUUCAAUACCUCUACCAGACCAAAUGGGUAUGACAAGCCUGAAUGGUUUAUGAAUUAGAAUCAAUAAAAUAUAGAAUUUUCUUUUCUUUU